CGGUGGUUUGUUGAUGUAAAAUGGUGGCCGGGCUGCGCGCAUGAAAACAACGAUGUUUAGACGAAAAUCUCGCGUUUAGUGAGUGCAAUCAGUGCGGAAAAUUAUUCUGCUCGCACAAUUGUGAGUGGUAAUAAUGCGUGCGUGAAUUUCGCGCGAUUGUGUAUUUGUUGCGCCUUUCUCGGUGCGUUUUAGUGUGCGUCGUAGAGGCGCAAAUCGGCAUCGCCAUGUUUCCCUGCCCAGCCCAGUGGUUCAUCCGAGCCGCACUGCUCUUUAUUGUCUUCGGCGACAUGCCGAUUGCACACGGAAAUCCUAUUGAUGUAGAUUUAGAACUCAACACGACAAUCGAGGUACUCGGCAACUACGAGCCAAACCAACUUCCAUUCGGCCAGAACAUCAGCAUCAUCUGCAAAACAAAAAUGGUCAAGAGUAAAAUCUGGUGGACGUUCAACGAUGAAAACAUCACAGAUAACAAUAGAUAUAUCAUUGAACACGACUCUGAGAACAUCAAUCCUCAAAAACACAGCAAACUGGAAGUCUCCAUCGUGCACAUCCUCAGCGUGGAUCUAAUCCACUCGGGGGUAUACACGUGUCAUGCAAUACAAGAAAUGGAAAUCGACAUCUCUAAAAUCACACUCAAUGUAACACUUCCACCUGGGGUCAUCAACGCCACCGGACCCAUCAAAACCAAACUACACCAAAAGGAAGAAAUCUCCUGCCUCAUCGAAGGAUAUCCUCUGGAGGAAAUCGGCUUCAUGAAGGACGAAGUCAUCAUCACCACGCAUCAAGAGACAAUCGUCACUAAACACCUCAACGAUACACUGCAUCAAGUCUCCUUGAUCAUCAGCGAGGUAACUAAGAAAGACAACGGAACAUACACCUGCUUUGCACGCAAUGUGUUCGGCUACAACGAUACUCAAGACAUAGCAAUUCUAGUGUUGGACAAACCCACAGUUACUCUAGAUUUUGUUAAAGCCAUUGGCAUGACGAAAAUUUAUCUUAACUGGACGGUGAAUGACGGUAACGAGCCACACAGCUUAAAAUAUACUCUACAAUAUAAAAGUUUGAAUGAUUCAAACUGGUUUUAUACCAAGGAUGUGAUUGGAGGUUAUAAUCGUUCGUGGGUAUUGGCAGAUUACUUUGAACCAGGCACAUCUUAUGUUAUACGAAUAAAAGCAGUAAACUCCGAAGGAGAAAGUCCGUAUUCCGAAAGUGAUAUAAUCGAGACACUCAAAGAAGAACCCAUAUUCAAAACGGAAGUAAAAGUUACCGGAUUAACUCUGAACACGAUUACAAUCUCAUGGAAAGAACCACCGGAGCAUUUAGUUGAUUAUGUGCAGAGUUAUAGAUUAAAAAGUCAGACAACAGGCGGUGAUGCCCUGGAAACAAUCAGUUUGAAUCCAGCGGAUAAUCUCUACAUGUUUUCCGGUUUAGCUGCCGCAACGACGUAUUACUUCCAAGUGUCUGCUUGUAAUGAAUACAGCGGAGAGUGUGGACCAUGGUCGGAUCAAGUCAACGGUACAACCAUGGAUGGGAUAUCAGGACCACCGGAACACGUCCAAGUUGAAUGUAGGUUUGAUAAUAUAAGUCAGACUAAUAUGGUGUUAGUAUCAUGGAAACCACCAGGCAACCCGCAUGGCACCAUUAUGUCUUACAAUGUGAACCUGGUAAGCAAUGCGUCUUUUAUUAAUGAACAAGGUUUAUUGGAGACUACAACCUGGGGACCCAAGGCCACCUCAGUAAAACAGGAUAAUCUCAAAGCAAAGUUUCAUAAUGUUAGCGCUAAUACAAAUUAUACAGUGCGGAUAUCCGCUGUGACGAAAACAAAAAAGAAUGGCGAUGUUGUAGAGAAGCAAUGUACUAUGCCACCGACUGUUCCGGAUAAAAAACGCCUAAGUAGGUUGUCAUGGCGGAAAAUGGAGGAACAAGGUAGGUGGAUUUUUAAACUGUCGAUGCCCAGGGUUUCCGAACGCAAUGGACCUAUCUGUUGUUAUCGUGUUUAUCUUGUGAAAAUGGAAUCACAACAGAAAUUGUCUGAGUUACCUAGUCCUGAAGAACUUGAUGUGGUUUCCUAUCAAGAAGCGCAUAGAACUCCCAAAGGUGGCGCUUAUGUCGCUGAGAUGUUUACAAGCUCCACGUUUCAUAACGAAGUCUUUUUGGGUGAUGAUAUGGUUUAUAAUGUCAGCGCAACUGGGUGUGAUCAAUGCAUAGGUCUUAGACCUUAUAUGAAUCCACCGAAGGAUAAAGACAUUAAACAUAACCUAAAUGUUCAUCAAUCUGUCACAGUGAGUGAUUCUGAGAGUACUGAUGGUGUUUCGGAUGACAUAACCUCAACUGCUACUACAACCGAGAAUGUUAGUUUCAUUGAGAGUAAUCGUGUUAGAAGACAGAAUGCGCUUCCGGAACCACUUCCGCCUUUUGAUGGUACACUUGAUAUCAACGCUAAUUAUACCAGUUUUGUUGAGGUUAUUGUCUACGGUCAGUUAGAUGGCGCUGUAAUGGCUGCCUAUAGUAAUUACCUGAUGAUGAUGCACCCUGGACCGGAAGUAGUUGAAGCCCCACCUUCUAGUAGCAUGAGUCUGGUGGUUCAAAUACUCAGCGGGUUGAUUGUUAUUGCGUUGAUUCUCUUGACGGUGUUGUGUCUUUUACAUCAGUAUACUAAACAAGCGCAUGCGCAGGCGGUUGAGAUGAUAACAUUCAGGACAUCGUUGAGGAAUCUCCGUGGUCGUCAACGAUUGGUUUCUUUGAACCCGCCGGAUAUGUGUCCGAUUACAAAAAGUGAACUGGUGUCUGCUUACAUUGAACAUCACCGUGAUUCUGACUAUGGCUUCCAACAGGAGUUUGAACUGCUUCCUGAUAGGUUCAAUGAUCGUACUACAAGGUCAUCGGAUGCUAGAGAGAAUGUCUACAAGAAUCGCUACCCGGAUAUUAAGAGUUAUGAUCAGACCAGGGUGAAAAUCUCACAGGUUGAUAGCAUUGCUGGUUCGGAUUACAUCAAUGCCAAUUUUGUCCUGGGAUACAAGGAGCGUAAGAAGUUUAUUUGUGCACAAGGACCCAUGGAUACCACGGUGAAUGAGUUCUGGAGAAUGAUCUGGGAACAACAUCUAGAACUGAUUCUAAUGUUGACUAAUCUUGAAGAGUACAGCAAAACGAAAUGCGCGAAAUACUGGCCGGAUAAGAGUGAGAUUGACAAGGUAUUCGGUGAGAUUACGGUUAAUCAUGUACAGGAAACACGGUUUUCUGAUUAUAUCGUCAGGGAGUUGAGAAUUUCACGCGCUGGGUCCCGGGAUAAGGAGGAGCGUACCAUUACACAGUAUCAUUAUUUGGUGUGGAAGGAUUUCAUGGCGCCGGAACACCCGCAUGGCAUUUUGAAGUUUAUUAAAAGAAUGAACGAGGCACACUCUCCUGAGAGAGGGAGUAUUCUUGUGCAUUGUAGCGCUGGUGUGGGGCGUACAGGGACUUUGGUUGCUUUGGAUUGUUUACUGCAGCAGUUGAGGGAGGAGGGACACGUGGCCAUCUUUAAUACAAUCUGCGAUUUGCGACAUCAACGAAAUUUCUUGGUUCAAUCAUUGAAACAAUACAUCUUCAUUUAUCGCGCACUCAUGGAAGUUGCACAAUAUGGCGACACUGAAAUUCCUGCAACUGAAUUGAAGUCAACCGUAGAAAAACUGCGACAAUGUGAGAAGGAUAAAAAUCGAACCAGAAUGGAGGAAGAAUUUGAGAAUAUAAAGAACGCAUAUGAAGAUAGAAAAUCAUGUUCAGUCGCGUGUGGCGAAGAAAACGCCGAGAAAAACCGUUCGGAUACAGUCCUCCCCUACGAUCGUAACCGUGUCAUACUCACACCCCUUUCCGGCAAGGAACACUCCACCUACAUCAAUGCCUCUUUCAUCGAAGGUUACGACAACUCAGAGUCAUUCAUCAUUGCGCAGGAUCCACUUGAACACACCAUACCCGACUUUUGGCGUAUGGUCUCCGAGCAGGGUAUUAGCGUGGUGGUGAUGCUCUCAGAGCUCGGUGAGGGUAAAUGUCCGCGUUAUUGGCCUGACGAUGAUGUCGCCUAUGAUCACAUUGCCGUGCGCUACGUACAAUCAGAGAACUGCCCGUAUUAUACGCGCAGAGAGAUGUACGUGAAGAGUCGCGACGGCGAUGACUUCCGCGUUAUUCACCUGCAGUAUCAUGGCUGGCCGACGGUCGAUGGCGAAGUUCCGGAAGUGACGCGUGGGUUGAUUGAAUUAGUUGAUCAUGCACACGGCGCAUUACAACAACACGGGUCGCCUACUUCCAUGGUGGUGCAUUGUGACCUUGGCUCGGAUAGGAGUUCCAUGUUUGUUGCGUUGAGCGUGCUCGUACAGCAGCUGCGUAUUGAGAAACGUGUGGAUAUUUUUACAACUGUGAGAAAGUUGAGAUCGCAGAGGCAACAACUUAUCACUACUUAUGCACAAUACGAAUUUCUACAUCGAGCCAUUGUGAAUUAUGCCGAGCUGCACAAUCUCUGCGAGACAUAAUUCUCCACGCUGAAGGUUUGUAGCAUAAACUGCUAGUUGCGGUGGUUGACAUAACCUCAAUUGGCGCUUAACCAAAAAUAUUUUGUAACUCGACAACGUACAAAACUUCUAUUGAAACUAUUUACUCCCAUAUUGUAUCUACUUUUACACGAUUUCGAUUUGCGAGAGAAGAAACACGAAAUUUGCGUACCAAAAAUGAAAGUAACGAGAGACUCAACGACCAAAGGUGAUUUUUUUUUUUUGUAAGAAACCUAAGCGAAACAAUGUUUUUGUUUGCCAUAAUAUAUGAAGUAAGCAGCGUUCGCUAAAAUUUGCUCACAUUUCCUAAUACUCAAGCCAAAAACAAAGUCACAAAAUAUUUUUUGUAAAAAUUAAGGGUGCCAUAACAUAACCUACCAUGUAUAUGUACUAAGGCAGAAAAAAGAAACAAUUAUGAGUCUGAAAUAUUUAAAAUUUAAACGAUCGGAGGAGGUUUUUGAACAAGUCAGUUUUAAAUGUAUAAAAAAAAAAUAAGGUGAAAGAUUGCUGGGUGCUUACUGUCUACUCAAGUGACAAAUAUGUGUAACAUUUCUAGUUGAUUCAAUAACCGAUAGUUAAAAAACUUAAUCAUAGACUAGAAAUAAUUAUUUCAAUUUGUUUGUUUGAUUGUCAAAAAUUCAUAUUUUGCUACGCUGCUCAUAUGUGUAAGCAACCCAACACACACGUACACAUUCCAGUGUUUUCCAUUUUUCUGUAGGCGUAUUUAUUGCAUAUGUAAAAAAAUAUUUAUAACAAUUUAUGAUAUUGUACGGUUCGACGUUUGCAUCGCAUGGAUGGAAGUAUUUUGACGGCGACGCCAUUUUAUUAGCACUUAAACUGCUAGAAAUAUUUUUACUUGUGUUAUUUAGUCAAAGUCGGCCAUUUUGAUAGCUGCAAAAUUCAUCCAUCCAUGCAUCAAGAUCCAACCAUAUUAUGACGUCAUUUUGCGUAGUUUUUGUAUUUUUGUAACCGAAACUCAACAAGACGGAAAAAAGCUUAAGCAAUACGUGUUACCAGUGAUUGUAACUUACUCAAACUACUUCUUACUCACACUUCUUAUUGAGAUUAUUGUGUCAUAUUUUAAACCAAUGUAAAAUAUGUAGGUAUUGUAUUUUUGUUUUAACUUUCGUUGUUGUUUGUAAAAAUAGCUUGGAUGUCACUUAGUUUACUUCACUCACUCUCUUGAUGACUUAUUGAAAUAUUGAAAUAUCAAAUCUCAUGAUAUCACCGUCUAACAAAGUAAUUGUAAUCGUGUGUACAUAUAUAAGUCCGUUUGUUUUAUUUUUGAUGUUUGUUUAACUAGUUGUUAGUCGAUUCAUUCAUACUUGUAAUCGUCAAUAAUUAGCGAGGACGCCAUCUUGUGUGAUGCGCAUGCGCAUAUAAUAUGAUACUAUAUGACAUGAUAAUACGUAGGACACAAAUAUUUAUUUAUUAUUUUUUGAUAUUUGUAUAUUAUUUUUUGAUUAUUAUAUUGCUUUUUUGAUAUAAUAAAAUUAUAAAUCUUUAGGAAUAAAUAAAAUUAAAUAAA